GUCCAGAAUUUCCAGAGCUACACUAUGGGCAAGAUUGCGAAGCGAGCGGAGCUCAUGUUGCAGUUCGUGUGCGUGCCUAUUCGGAAUAAGGUUCUAGUCUCCAGUACCACCGGAGAUUAUUCCUUCUCUACCAACUCCACCACCAUUUCAACACAAAUGAACAAGAUAUGA